CCCUGCCGCGGCGGGGGGCGGGAGGGCCGCAGAGAGGGGAAAAAAAUGGAUCUCCUGCCAGAUUCAGCACCCCUGGCCACAAAGCUGCAGAACACUCUGAUUCAGUACCACAGCAUCGGAGACAGCGAAUGGCGGAUUGCUAAGAAAACUAAAGAUGCUACUGUGUGGCGCAAACCAUCAGAAGAAUUCAGUGGAUACCUCUACAAGGCUCAAGGAGUGGUGGAAGACGUUACAAACAGAAUAGUGGAUCAUAUUCGUCCUGGACCUUAUAGGCUAGACUGGGACAGCUUGAUGACUACAAUGGACAUCGUAGAAACAUUUGAAGAGAACUGCUGUGUGAUGCGCUAUACCACUGCAGGCCAGCUCUGGAACAUCAUAGCACCAAGAGAGUUUGUUGAUUUCUCUUACACUACAAGCUAUGAAGAUGGGCUUCUAACAUGCGGUAUAAGCCUAGACUAUGGAGAAGCGAGACCUAAUUUUGUCCGUGGAUUCAAUCACCCUUGUGGUUGGUUCUGUGUCCCACUUAAGGACUACCCUAGCCACAGUCUUUUAACAGGUUAUAUUCAGACUGAACUGCGAGGGAUGCUACCACAAUCUGCAGUGGACACUGCCAUGGCUAGUACCCUGACUAAUUUCUACUCUGACCUCAGAAAAGCACUGAAAACAGUCAAACUGACUUAGAAGUUCAUGCAUUUCUUGCAAUCAAAUUAUGUUGUAUAGUUUUUAGCAUAGGUUAACUACUCAGUUCAGAUGCUGAAUGAUACCUGAAGCUUUAUGUAGAGAGAUACAAACAACUUUACCAAGUACCUUUUGAUCCAGUACCUAGCUGGACUGCACCCAUUCCUAAUUCACAGCACAAGAUUGUUUCCUGCUCAGCACUCUAUAACUGUGCCAGGUAUAGUCUGAACAUAUAAACCUCUACUUCCUAGGAGGAAAACCCAACAUUCAAGCCUGGGCUUGAUCAAUGCAGCAUGAAGUCAGCGCUCAGCAACAGUAUUGAGGGUGGAGACUGCUCAGGAUUUUCAGUGGGUGCAGGUCACUGUGCAGGCAGUAUCUCAUUGAAUAUGUAAUUUUAUAAUCUAUUUUUUUAUCUUUACUUUAGACUUUUGAGCUAUAUGUAGUGUGUGCAGGCACAUCUUUAAUUUCUGUACAUUUUAGUUGAUUGUUCUGUAAUAAUUCUUGGUUUUAGCAUCAUUUAAAAAUUCAGCUAUAACAAUCUGCUUUGAUUUACCAUACAGAUGUUAUUUGCUUAUGUCAGCAAAAGUAAGUAUUCAUUACUGGUGGUUCUUCAGUGUUGCAACUGUAAUUUAAUUACCUGUUGCAUGCAACAGUCUCAGUGCAUAGAUAGUGAAAUGCCUUUACAGCUAAUCCAAAGCUCAUGUAAGUCAGUCCUCGGGUGUCUUUCCAUAGUUUUCAGUGGGCUUUUAAUCACAUGAUUAAUCAUCAAAAUAGCAAGCCUUCUGCAGUUCUUCUGUUGUACUCUGCACUUCUAAAUAGCUUUUACUUAAGAUUUGCAUGUAGUUUUGUUUCUAGUUUAAUUUUUGCCUUCCUUAACAGAAAAAAAAAAGAAAGAAAAAAAGAAGACGUUACUGAAACUGCAGCCAGGUCCACUAGCUUACUUCAGCACAGGCAGCAGCGUAGCUGAAACAGCAUAGACUUGCAGCAUACCUGGGCAGGUAGCCAAGCCCAGCUACCUCAAGUCUGCUGUGCUGGUGCAGCAUACUAGAGUGUUCUGUGGUAAUACCAAGACUGAUAUUUGCAAUAGGUGAAAUAAAUAAGCAUUUAUAACAUGGACAACUGAAGGUUGAAAACUCAAGCUGCAGAGCAAUGCCUCAUAGCCAUUGGAAGCUGAGUGGUCAAACUUUUAAGCAUAUUUAGCCACCUAAUGAUGCUGAUAGGUACAUAGUGUAGGGAUUCAAAAGUUUACUAUCUUUGCUGCUAGGAAGCUGAAUUUUCUUUAAAACCUUGUCUUGAGAAUUUAAUGUCUGUAUGCAUCAUUUGCUCAAGAGAAGGCUGUAAUUAUCUCUAUGUUUUACCACUGCUAAUAGAGACAAGCUUAGCUGCAUAGCAGGUUAAGGAAAAUACCUUGCAGCCCUAAUGUUUCAGGGACACAUUGUAUACAUUCAUUCCUAAGGGACAAUAGCAGGCUGUGUUUACUUCAGUGGUUUAUUUAUAUAUCCAGAAAGCACAAGGGACUCCUAAUAUUUAUUUAUGAAUGCCAACUUUCACAAUCAUCUAAAGACUGGUAGAAAACUGUCCCAAACUACUUUCAGAUGAAACUCUUUUGAAUCACAACUUUACCCUCUUCUUACAACACUUUUGGAGAGCGUUGUAUCCUCUGUUCCCCUCCUCCAUCCACACAGCUUUUGGGCGCAGAUGUUAAUUAGGUAAGGUCAAAUAAAGUUAUUUCCCUGCAAUAUUGGCUCUUUGAAUACUGGCCACAGCAGCUGAACUCUGAACAGUAGGGACUUCUCUGUCUCAUGUUUUGAGCAGAGAGGUAGGGAAGGCAGGGAUAGGCUAUUACAUAGUUGUGAAAGCUUUUUCCAGUUUAGUUCACCUACAAAAGCAAGUAAUACUGCACUAAAGCAUUUAGCUUAAGACACUUAAAGACAGUGGCAUCAAAUUCACUUCUGUGUCUUCCCAGACAGAAAAAUUACCUCUCUGUUGGGUUUGCAUAUUCUGCAGUUACCUUUAAAUUCCUUAGUUAUUCUCCUAGUUUUUUCCCAUCUUCCUCAUUUUUCCUCCCAGUGCUGGGCAUUCACAGGGUGAUCUUCUUUUACUACCAUUUACACUGAGGCAUGAACAUCAGCAGACAGGCUUUUCCUAAAUGUUAGGGUCCACUCCUUUCUAGUAGUGAGUGGUAUUGAUAACAGAGGUAAGUAUGAUAGCCCUGGCAGUACUGCUCCAUAGGAUGGCCAAUGACAUCAUUAUAGAGGAAGCUGUAGGACAUGUACCCUAUUGUUUCCUCCCAGGUAUAAGACUAAAAGUAUAGUGAAUAUUCAUUGCUUUUUUUUUAAAAAGCUGCUGUCCAACUAAUUGAGGGAGUUGCAAUAAAGAUGUACAUAUGUAAAAAAAAAGUUCUAUUGCUCCAUAAAGAGCACAGUUUAAGUCUCAGAUAGAGAAAUUUCCAUGCUAGAGCAAUAGGUCAAAAGGAGCACAAGACACUUUUUAGAAGGAUGUUUGUACAGUGCGAGGCACUGCAGAAAAGUUUUUAGUCCCUGUUCCACAUGGCCAAUGUAAGGGCCUGAUCUAACUCCUUGAAGUAUCUAGUCUUAUUUAGUGUUCAGAGAAACGGAAAGAAGAUAGGCUGAUGAAGCACAGAGCAGCUAGAAGACUUGUGUUUUAAUGGAAGAAAACCUGUGCCAUAUUUUAUGUAUGAUUUUUAUAAGCAUUUCUCCAUACAGAUUUCCUUUUUAAUCAACAGAACUGUGGAGAUAGAAAGAUUUUGUGAAUAAGGGUGAAGUUUCCAAAAGCAAGUGAUCCUAUGUUGCAUUGCAGUGAUUUAUUCCUUAAACACUGAUUAAAGUGGCUUUGUAUGUUUUAAUAGACAUAUACUAUUGCCUCUGCCAAUGAGUCUGAGCAUUCAAAUGAACAACAGGAUGGCAAUUACAGGAGGCAGAGGAACAGAGCCUUUUUUUUCCUUAUUUUUUAAAAUAGAGAAAAUAUUGUACAGUUCUUCACUUUUCAGAUUAGGAAAAAUCAGAGAGAAGGUUUAAGAAGUUUUAAGGAUUUAUUCUGGGACAUCUUCACAGUUCUAAAAGUAUUUCUAACUUACAAGUGUAAUGAUGACUGACAAACUGCAGAUUAUGCUGCUGAAGCAAUGCAUAGCUGGUACCCAUACAGUUGUUAGUCAAGGCAGCUCAGCUAAGGAGUAAUACAAAAUUAUAAUGAAUAUGUUCAGUUUCAUAGGAUGUGUUAUAGUUGUUUCAAACCCAAACUUUGUUUUUGUAUAGGUAGGGAUUGAGAGGAUUGUUAGGUCUUUAAGCAGAGCUAUUACUUUCAUUCCAAUUCUACCAAAACCUUUUUUUGCUAACCAGAGAACCCAGAGAACCAAGGAAGCCAUGAAACCAAGUGCUGAUCCAACCAAGAUCUCUUUCCCUGCCCAGCCUUGUCUUCCUCCCCAGUAAGUGGGCAGUCCGGGAGCCCAAACAGCACAAAUGGGAAGGAGGUUGAGGGGAGGAGGGGAGGGAGCCCUCUUUUUGCUUGUUAGUAAGUAGUGGGGGCAAAGUGAAUUAUUUAGCCUAGAUUCCCAUCAUACUCACAGUGCUGAAUUUGUGAAGUUUACCUGUACUUUUCAUUGUCAGGAUGGGAAACAAGCUAACUGCAGUAUUUGAGUUUGAAUAUUUCAGAUAAACUAGAAUAUAGGACAGUGUCAUCUAAAAGCAGCUUCUGAAUGAGGAGAUGCCAGACUUGAUACCCCAAAAUAGCAGAGACCAGUUUGUGCUAGAGAGAGGGCAUGUAUAUAGACACAUCAGAAUUAUUUUUAUAUGAUCAAUAUAUUUUUAAAUUUUUUUUAUUGUAGUCCAAUCCUUGGCAGUUUGACUAGGUCCGAUGGGAGGGGUGCCUAGAGACAAUUUCCAUGUUUAGCUUCUUUUCCCAUCUAAACUCUCCAGCAGUGAGUCUUGCCUGUAGUUGUACUGCUUAUUUUGCAAGCACAGCAGCUAGAGGUUGGUGCAAUUGGGGGCAGUUCAGCAUACUGUACUACAGCCUGUGGGGAGGUAGAGCAGUGCUUUAGAUAUAUAUUCUGGGAAGAGCACAAGCGUUGAUCCAAAACUUGAUCAGUUUUUAAAUACUUUUAACUGACUGAAAUGUUGAGAGAAUGCAUAAUUCUUCCAGUAAUCAGAAAUAACCAAGAACAGAGAUACUAAAGCCUUUUAAAGGUGUGAGCUAGUGAUUCAAUCUACAAGGUUCAUUUCUGGGCAAGUAGCCAUAGUUCUAUAGAAAUCAGUCAAGUUAUACCUAUGUUUAAAAAGUCAGUGUGAAUCUAUCUUAACAGUGAUUUUAAAUGAUUGUGUUCAGUGCUGAAGGAAAUUGUAUUUAUAUUUUGAAUGCAAUUAUAGAAUAAAGUA